AUGAAGUACCUUCAGCUUCUUCUCGCGGCCGCUGGCAUGGCUCGCGCCGCCCUCGAUUGGCAAAAUGUCCGCAUCGGAGGCGGUGGCGGCUUUGUGCCCAGCAUCGUCUUCCAUCCCAAUGCCAAGGGUGUCGCGUACGCAAGGACUGACAUUGGCGGAAUCUAUCGCUGGAACUCGGACGACUCGUGGACUCCCAUCACCGACUACAUUGCCCAGAAUGACACCUGGGUCGCCUUGUUCCCAACCCUGAACGUAAACCCCAACCCGAUCGAGGCUGGCGGCUACGGCAACGACUUGCAAGGUCUGGCCUUCGUCACGUUCGACACGAGCGCUGCGACGGCCAACGGCGCGACGUCGCGCAUCUUUGUCGGAACGGCUGACAAGACGGCCGAAUCUGUAUACGUCUCCGAAGAUGCUGGCGCUACCUGGACCGCCAUCGCCGGCCAGCCCACCGGCUUCCUUCCUCACAAGGGCAGGGUUGAGCCCAAGGAAGGCGCCUUGUACCUAACCUAUAGCGACGGCAGCGGCCCUUACGAUGGCGCCAAGGGCGCCGUGUACCGCUAUGACAUUGCAAAGGCCACCUGGGCUGACAUCACUCCCGUCACUGGUGAGGACCUUACCUGGGGAUAUGGUGGUCUGGCCCUGGACAGCCAAACCCCAGGCACUCUGGUUGUUGCGUCCCUGAACUCCUGGUGGCCCGAUGCGCGGCUCUUCCGCUCCACCGAUUCCGGUGCGACGUGGUCCCAAAUCUGGACGUGGGCCAAUUACCCAGAAAUCAACGCCAAAUACAAGAUUGACACUCCCAAGGCGCCCUGGAUCAACCAUGACUUUAUCGCAGUUGACUCCAAGAAGCUUGGCUGGAUGAUUGAGUCGCUAGAGAUUAACCCCUUCGAUAGCGACCACUGGCUGUACGGCACAGGCCUGACCGUCUUUGGUGGACACGACCUCACCAACUGGGACUCGAACUCCACGGUCAACAUUGAGUCUCUCGCCGACGGCAUUGAGGAAUUUGCUGUUCUCGACUUGGCUUCGGCGCCCGGCGGCAGUGAGCUUUUUGCUGGUGUCCACGACGACAGCGGUUUCACCUUUAAGAGUAAGGCCGACCUCAACACGUCUCCCAAGACGGCGUGGAACACACCUAUGUUUGUUGGCUCGAGCGGCGUGGACUAUGCUGGUAACUCGGUGUCCAAGGUUGUCCGCGUCGGCAAUGUUGAGGGCAGUGCCCAGCUGGCCACGUCAUCCGACGGCGGUGUCACUUGGGGUCUUCAUCCCGCCAACGGUAGCACCCAGGCUGGCGGCUCCGUUUCUCUGUCGGCCGACGGCACGACCAUUCUAUGGUCCACCUCCGGCGUCGGUGUCCAGCGGUCGACUGACCAGGGCCCACUAUCCCGCGUCUCGAGCCUGGCAGCCGGCUCCGUGAUUGCCAGCGAUAAGAGCAAUGAUGAUGUGUUCUAUGCUGGCUCGGACGCCUUUUACGUCUCCACCGAUGGCGGUGCUACCUUUGCCAAGGGAGGUGCACUCCAGGGUGCCAACUCGGUUCGCUCCAUUGCCGCCCAUCCGACCGAGGCCGGCGACGUGUGGGCCUCGACCAAUGUCGGCAUAUUCCACAGCACCGACUCUGGAAAGACGUUCACCCUGAUCUCCACCGAAGUCACGAACACGUGGCAGGUAUCCCUUGGUGUGGGAGCCAACGGAUGGAAUGUCUACACAUUUGGCGACGGCGCCGAUGGGCCCAAGUUGUACGGCAGCGGCGACGGCGGUGCUACCUGGACCGACCUUCAGGGCGAGAUCGGCUUUGGCGCCGUCGAUGGCGCCAGGAUUGCCGGCAGCGGCAACGAGGCAGGCCUGGUGUAUGUUGGCACCAACGGUCGUGGUGUUUUCUACGGCCAGGGCAACUUGUAG